UUUAACAAGAUGGAACGGCACAGAGUUUGGUUAGAAAAAUCUGAAACGGGAUGCAGAGCAAAGAGUGUUUUGGGCCUUGCCGAAAUUUGAAAUCCAAGUACCGAUAGCUCUGGGUUUAUCGUCCUCACUUGUUCGUCAUCCUCAUCAUCCAAUGGCGCUGCGUCUGAGCAGCAUCUCCUUCGCUCCACGGAAGCAAGCAGUCGUUGCAUUCGCCGUCAAGAGAAGCCCUAAGCGUCUCAAAUACAACACUCCUCGCUUCUCUAAGGAGGGUGGAUUGCUUUGCGUCGAGGUAGACCCUUCAGGAGCUGAUAUAUGGAAACUGGAACCUGUUGUUGAAUUGCUGAGAGAGGGAGCUGUCGGUGUUAUUCCUACGGAUACCAUAUAUGCUAUAGCUUGUGAUUGUAAAAACCACUUGGCUGUAGAGCGUCUUCGAAGAAUAAAAAAUAUUGAAUCCUCUAAGCCACUUAGCAUCUUAUGUAGUUCUCUUCGGGACAUAGACGCAUAUACAACAGGGUUUCCCCGUGGCGAUGGCCAAGGUCAUGCAAAUAUUUUUCGAGCUGUCAAGCAUUGCUUGCCUGGACCAUACACAUUCAUAUUGACUGCAAGCAAAGAAUUACCGAAACAAUGUGUAAGGUAUGGCACAGCAACCGUGAAAUAUGCUUCUCGGAAAAAUGUGGGUGUCCGUAUGCCUGAUGAUGCUGUCUGUCAUGCCAUACUAGAGAAGAUGGAUGCGCCGUUAAUUUGCACCAGCGUGAGAGGGCCAAAAGAAAAUGAAUGGAUGAUUGACCCCACGGUGAUUGCUGAUAUAUAUGGGCCAGAGGGUCUGGAUUUUCUAGUUGAUGGAGGUACUCGAGUGGCUGAACCUUCCACCAUAGUUGAUAUGACGGGAGCUUAUCCAAAGGUUAUACGGGAAGGAAAGGGACCUAUAUUGCCAUGGAUGGUAGUUGAAGAUGGCGACUCUGUCCUACAUGAGAAUCUCAUCCCUUCCUGCACAUAAAAAGAAGAAGCUGGCAUGUUGGACUUGAAUUGAACAACCAGACAGCACCUGAUGCAUUUUUCUGAUGGCCUGAACGCAGUCCUAAUAAUCGCCCAAGGCCAACAGCCAGGGAGGAUCAGACCUACACUUGUAAUAUAAACUUAAUAGGUUGCUGAUAGCCUGAUACAUAUAUAUUUGUGUGUGUGUGUGUGUGUUGAAGGAACUUAUUCCAGCUAGAGGGUCGGCCAGUACCACAACAAUGCCCACUCUCUUGGUCCCUGGCGUCACGCUCCUCGCCGCUUUCUUUAAAGGUGGCCUCACAUCUUACGAGCCUUAGUGGAUUUUCUUUUCGGAGAUUUACUGUGUUUGUUAUCAUGUUUUUAUUUCCAAAUCAAUUUUUAUGUUACAAGUUUUUAUUUACAAAAUAUGUAGUUUUUCCA